AUGCUGCAAUUGAUUCUCAAAUCGCGAAUAAGAUUUCCGCGAUUAUCUGUACAACCGAUUCGUGUCAGUUUUAAGAACGCUCACGCUUCUAAAACACGCAUUCAACGAUUGUAUGAUGAUGGAAUCGAUUUGAAACAACAAUCCGUUGAAAUCAACGCACUCGAACGUAUUCGUCGAUGUACAUUCUACAAAGAUGUGGAUAUUUGGACAUUUUACAAGACACUUUGUCCAAAUGUUCGAACACUCGGCGAUGUUUUAGAAGAAGGUUGUGUUGCUUCAAAAGAUGGUCCAUGUCUUGGUCAUCUUCAAUCAUCAGGCAGUGUUAAGUCAGUGGAAUGGUUGUCUUAUUCGAUGACAAUGAAAGCUAAUGAUCUAUGUCCACGACCAACAAUUGAUCCACAUAGUAUUGCGACAUUCAUUAUGACUAGUGGAACAACAGGCGACCCAAAAAUUGCGAUGGUGUCGCAUGAUAAUCUUUUGGCGACAGCUAAAGGAAAUAUAAUGCGUCUUGAACAAGCAAAUAUCAAGCAGCCACUUACUCUUCGACAUUGUUCAUUUUUACCCAUGACUCAUAUCUACGAACGAUUUAUACUGUUGGGAGCUUUUCUACGUGGCACUCAAGUUGUCUUUUGUCCAGCACCUGAACAACUCGUCAACUACUUUGCAAUUGUAAAACCAACUCAAGUUUCUGUUGUACCCCGAGUUCUCAACAAAGUCUACGAUAUGGUCAUGGCUGAAGUUAACAAGAGUAAAGUCAAACGGUUUCUUGUUCAACAAGCAUUGGAUAGUGAAGAAUCGUGGUUUCUAUCACGCUUGGUCUUUCGUCGAGUCAAAAAACUCUUUGGUGGAGAAGUUCAGGCAAUGAUCACUGCAGCAUCGCCCAUUACAUCAGACGUCAUGCAUUUCUUUCGAAUAGCACUCGACAUUCCAAUUAUGGAAGGCUAUGGACAAACUGAAUCAGCAGGUGCUGGAACAAGCACUCAUCCUGUUGAUAUCUCAUAUGGCACUGUUGGUUCGCCUUUACCUACUGUCGAGAUUAAACUUAUUGAUGUUCCAGGCACCAAUUAUCGAAGUGAAAUCAAUCAAGGAGAAGUAUGUAUUCGAGGACCAAAUAUUUUCAAAGGCUACUACAGUGAUGAAACAAAGACACGUGAGAUAAUUGACAAAGACGGUUGGUUACACACAGGCGAUGUUGGAGAAUGGACAAACAAUGGAGCAUUGCGUAUUAUUGAUCGUACAAAACAUAUUUUUAAAUUAAGCAAUGGGAAGUACAUUGCACCAGAACGUCUCGAAGAUGUUUAUAUUCGAUCUCGAUGGGUAGCACAAAUCUUUGUCGAUGGAGUUUCAAGUCAAUCAACUGUUGUAGCUGUUGUUAUUCCAGACGAAGAAUAUGUUAGAAAUAAUUUUGAAUCGACAGGAACAUUUGUCGAUUUUUGCAAAGAUCAUGUCAUAUUUAUGUUGAAACAAAUAAAUCUUGAAAAAUUAUUUGCUACAACAUCAUUGAUAUCAGAUGUUGAAAAUGUUCAAGGCAAAGAUAUAUUAAGUGUUCAGUUGUGUUUAUCACAUAACGAAGAUAAUAAUAAAACUUCAAAUGUAGAAAAAGAAAUCCUUAUUAAUGAAACUGAAACUGAAAUGGUAGUUGAUUUAUCGGAUGAAAAUGAAAUGUAUACAUCAUCAAAUACGAUUAUAGAUCAUGAUUUAAAUGUGUAUAUAUAUUUUUUGUUUAUUGAUAUUGUAUUUUUUUACUUUGUUUUUUUUCAACAAGAACAUUAUUUGAAUUAA